UAAACGAAACGUGCUCGCGGCGGCAAGCACAACCGUAGGAAUGUUGUCAGUCCAGCUACCACGCCAGUGUGAAGCCAUGUAGAGAGAGGUGGAGGAAAAACAGAGACGACCGUUCGUGCCUUGUUUUCCGCCUCUUGCCGCUAUAUACGUGCAUUCACGGGGCUGUAUAUCCACGUCGAUAGCUCGAUUUUUUUAACGUGAUUCUCGCGUUUACGUGCCCGGCUCGGAUAUGUUGCUCGUGAUGAGUGAGUGAAUGAGUGCUGUGUGAACGUUGAGAAGAAGUCCCGAUUGGAAUGGAGUACACGAACGGCAGCUCGGACACGACGGCCGGCGGGAUGUUCAGCCAGGUCGGCAUGAAAGCCCGAUCUCCCGAAGGACACGCUGCCCGAGCGAUGCAAAUCAAAGGCGACGAAUGCGUCUGGAUCGAGAUACAAGAAAAGACGUUCACGAAUUGGGUGAACGAGCAACUCCGUUCGGUUGGUGAAGCCGUCACCGAUCUGCGGAAAGAUUUCACCGACGGGCUGAGGUUGAUCUCGCUGAUUGAGGUGCUUCAGAAACGGCGCCUAAAACGGAUUAAAAAGCCUCUGAAUCAACAUCAGUGUCUGGAGAAUGUGCAGACGGCGCUCAGUGCAAUGGCACAGGACAACAUCAAGCUCGUUAAUAUAGGCAAUACGGACAUCGUGGAAGGCAACCUGAAGCUCAUCCUGGGUCUGGUGUGGUCCCUUAUCCUCCGUUACCAGAUCGGCAGGACUAAUUUCCCGCCGAAGAAAUUGAUGCUGGCCUGGCUGCGGGCGGCGCUGCCAGAUCUUCACAUCACGAAUUUUACGUCCGACUGGAACUCUGGGGUUUCACUAGCAGCUCUCCUGGAGUACUGCAGGCCAGGUGUAUUUCCCCAUUGGAAAACCCUCAGCAAUUCCACAAGUCACGAAAACUGCCGACUGGUGAUGCAGAGGGCGAAGGACGAGUUUGGAGUGCCCAUGAUAUUGACCCCCGAAGACUUAGCUAGUCCCAACUUGGACGAACUGUCGGGCAUGACUUACCUCUCUUACUUCAUGAAUGAAGGCAGUCCAGGAUACUGGUCCACACUGCGCUGGGUGCAGAAGCACCUUUCCCAGCUUCAGAUCACCAACUUCACAAGUGACUGGAAUGAUGGCCUGGCACUCUGCUCGCUGGUGCACUCCCUGGGUGCGCCAAUUGAGAACUUCCAGCAUCUGAGUCGCGAACGGUCCCAUUGGGAAGGAAAUUUACAGAAAGGUAUCAACGGAGGCAAAUACCUCGGCGUGGAACCACUUCUAACGGCGAAGGAGCUGGCGGACCCUGAGGUGCAACCCCUGGGAGUGAUGGCCUAUAUCGCUAGGUUCCAGUGGCUCAAGCCAAAGCUGCGUCCGCAGGACAAAGUCGUUAUCGUCGGCACAGACCUCAAUAACGUCCACAUCAACAAACCUGCACACUUCAAGCUCAACUUCAAGGACAGUGGGCUGGACCUGCGACAGGUGCGGGCACAAGUGCGGGGGCCGUCUUCUGCGCCCGUAGAGUGCAAGCUGCAGCUGAACAAGUCGAACGGAACGGGGACGUUUGUUCCCACUGAAGUCGGCAUGCACGAACUGAACAUCUAUUGCGAAGGCGAACUGGUCUCCAAUUGCCCGAUGCAAAUCAGAGUUCAUCCUGACAUCUCGAGAAUCCUGUUUUCAGGCAUAGACCCGUGCGCGCUCGGUUCUCUGGUUGAAGUUCUAAUAAACUCGAACGGCGCUGGCACUGGAAACAUUCACGUUGAAGCAGUAUCGCCCAGUGGAAAAACGAGACAGUGUACGGUGAAAGACAACGAUGGUGUCUUCACUUCAACGUUCAUGCCCAAUGAAAUAGGUGAAUGGAAAAUUGAUGUGAUGUAUUCAGGAGAGCAUAUACAGGGCAGCCCCUUCACCUGUUAUGUGUACGACCCCACACAAGUGUCUAUGAAAGGGCCGAGCAGCGUCCGAGUGGGAGAGGAAGUCAUGUUCCAAUGCGACGCAAGUAAGGCAGGCUGGGGUAAGGUGAACAUUGAUGUUCAAGUGGACGGCCACAGCGUCCCCCUUACCAGUGACGAGAGGGGCAACGGCGUCUAUCACAUAACGUUCCUGGCUCUCAAGGAAGGCAAAUACAGCGUCUUCGUCACAUUCAACAACGUCGAAGUUCGAGGGUCACCGUUCAGCAUCAACGCUGGUUCCCACAUAGUAGACGUCGCUUCCGAUCGUCCCAUGGAGUCUCUCAUGACCCAGUCGAACAUGACGUCCAACGUAUCCUCGACGUCUUCAUCCGUUUUCACAUCUUCGUCUCAUUCAUCCCUCCUCAACUCCAAGUCGACGCGGAUGUCUUCGUCUGCGCAGGACAUCACGAGUUCACGCGACAGACUCGCCGCGCACCAUGUCGACGUUAAGACGACGCGACUUGAGACUACGAGGCGGAGCCACGAGAACCUAGGGAGCGUUACGAGCGAAGUGACGACUAAAGUUAGUAAAGUUGUCAACAGCUCGAGACCGUCUUCUGUCCUCGCGGUCAAUCGACCAAUCACGCGGCCGCACCCGAAAGCUCCGCCGCCUCCAACGCCCAAGAAACCGACGACACCAACGACACCGACGUCCGCUAUGCCCCCUUCCCCUAUGCCCCCUUCCCCUAUUCAUGUCGCCGAAUCGUCGCGUUCGCACGACAGCACAACGCGCAUCGAAAAACAGUCUACUCGCACGCACGUGGAAACCCCUGUGACGCGGUCAUACGGUGAGACGCAGAUAAUAAGACCACAGACCGAACCCGCGAUUCUGAAACAACAAGUCGAGUCUGUAAUAAUGAGGUCGUACGUGGAGUCUCCCAUGACGAGGUCUUCGAACGACUCGCCGGUGACACGAUCGUACGUUGAGUCUCCGAUGCCUCGAACGUACGUGGACUCCCCGAUGCCUCGGUCUUCCAUAGAGUCUCCUGGUACAAGGUCCUUCGUGGAAUCGCCUAUGACUCGGUCGUCCGCAGACUCACCCGUGGUGCGAACGACAGUGAUUUCCCCUGCAGUGAGCCACAUAAGUGAAUCGAAGAGGACGGAAGAACGGAUUAAAGAGGAAAGAAGCGUACAGUCCGUUCUGUCGGAUCAUAUCCAGCGUAGGGCAGCUGAGAUUACGCAGAUUACGCAAAAGACUAGUCCGAAGGGAGACGUAGCCCAAGUGAAGAUCUCAGGGGAUGCCCUCAAGUUGGUGCCUGUGAAAAGGCCAACGACGUUCAAGAUAACUGCGCCUGAGUUUGAAAGGGAUGACUUCCGUGUGACUGUCACUGCACCCUCCGGCCGCGAAUUUCCCGUUCGGAUGGAUGUUGUGAAGCCCGGUGAAUUCGAAGUUGAAUUCAUUACGCCAGAAGUGGGCGAACACGUCAUUGACAUGCGUGUGCAUGGAAAACCUCUUCCUGGCAGCCCGUUUCACAGCCAUGCGUUCGACGCGACAAAAAUCCGUGUUGGCAAUGUUCCCAACGGCGUGGUCGGCAGACCAGUCGAGUUUGAAAUCAACGGUGCUGAAGCUGGGUCUGGCAACCUUGAAAUAAUGGUGAACGGAGGCCACGUGACCAGUCAGGUGAAGCCCCUCGGAGAACACCGCUUCCUGGCGUCGUUCAUCCCGCACACGAGCACCGUCCACACCGUGGAGAUGAAGUUCAAUGGCGACAAAGUUCCCGGAUCGCCGUGGAAAUGUGACGUCAAAGAAAUACCUCGUAAAAUAACUCCCGUGCUUCGGGAACACAGUUUGCAAACAUUCAGCUGUGGAAAGGUGACCAGCUUCGAUAUCCACGCUCCUGGCUGCAGCAAGAAUGACGUCGUCGUCAGUAUAUCGGGCCCUGGAAAAUCCAGAAUCCAACACAACGUCGUUGAACGUCCAGACGGCUGCCGCGUUGAGUUCACCGCCUUCGAGGCUGGCACUUAUCAUAUAGACGUAUCUGUGGCUGGUCAGAAGGUUCCUGGCAGCCCCUUUGUCUCCAAGGCAUACGAUGCUUCCUGCAUAUCCUUGGGAGACCUUCCGCAAUCAUGCGUCGUUGGCCAAGUGUCGCAAUUUCAAGUGGAUGCAUCACGUGCUGGAGAGGGCCAAUUGGAGAUAUCCGUAAACGAUGGCGAAGUACCCAACCAGGUUCAGGUGCUUAGCAGUGGUCGGUGUCUCGUCAGCUUCAGGCCGCUCCGUGCAGCGCCACACGUCGUCAGCAUCAAGUUUAACGGCGAAGAUGUGCCAGGCUGCCCAGUCGUUUUGGCAGUGACAGAACCUGGUCGCUAUGCUGUGGACUUGUCAUCUGUAGAUCUGGUUUCCGUUGGCACACCUUUCCGUUUUCAUAUAAAUGGGGCUGGUGGUCGCGAUGGUGAUGUCAAGGUCACCUUCAUCUCACCAUCUGAGGUGAAGCUUCCUGGCAAGGUGACCCGCAGCUCUGGUGGUGGCUACGACGCCGAGUUUGUGCCACAGGAAGUUGGUCCCUACGUAAUCCAUGUGGACCAUGCUGGAAGUCCCAUACAAGGCAGUCCAGGAUCAUUGAAAGCCUACGAUGCUCAUCGGGUUGAUGUGAGCAGUGUGUCCAAUGGAACCCUCGGAAGGCCAGUUCAAUUCACAGUUGAUGUGAGCUCUGCAGGAGAGGGCAACCUGGCCAUCUCCGUGACAUCACAGGGUCGGGAUGUUCCAACCGUAGUUCAUCCGAUGGGUGGCGCCAAAUUUGCUGUCUCGUUUGUUCCCGGUGAGGCUGCUGAUCAUGUCAUCAGCAUCAGUUUCAACAAGGAGGCAAUACCAGGAAGUCCAUAUACGGUGAAGGUUCAAGAAGCAGGAAAAAUCACGGCUGUGGGAACGUCAUCAUUGACGGCUGCUUCGGUGGACAAACCGGCUUCACUCACUAUCCAGAACGCGAGCGGAAGGGAGCAGGACUUGAAUAUCAGGGUUGAAGGUCCCGACGGGUCUCCUGUUCCUUGUUCCCUCAAGGACGCUGGAGGCAGAAACCUUAAAGUGGAAUUUUUGCCUAGCAGGACAGGAGAGCACAGGAUUCAUGUAGCCCAUCUCGGAACUCCGAUCCCGAACAGCCCUUUCACGUGCAAGGUGUUUGACAUUCGACAGAUCAAGGUUCGAGAUAUUCCGCGAGGCAUCGUGGGGAAGCCGGUAACAUUUAUUGUGGAGACUGCACAUGCCGGACCAGGAAACCUGGAAGUGAUGGUCAACAACGGGACAGUCCCAACGACGCCGCAGGCACAGUCGCUGACCCAGUACGCCAUCACUUUCACACCGACUGAUGACCGUCCGCACGUAAUUGAAGUGCGCUUCAAUGGAGAACAUGUGCCAGGGAGCCCAUUCGAGUGCAUCAUAGCAGAUUUGUCCAAAAUCAAAGUGACCGGAGAGGGUGUGGAAAGAGUUCCCAUAAACCAGCCUGCGUACUUUAUGGUGGACACAAGUGGACAGGACAUCGGAAACCUCAGCGUAAACGUCACAGGCCCAAGCCAAGCCGCCCUCAAAGCUUCUGUGACGGGGAACCACAACAGCGGAUACCGCGUCGAAUACACUCCCACAGAAGUUGGUGAUCACAGCGUGGACCUCCGUUUGGGCUCCCAUCCACUUUUCGGCAGCCCCUUUAUGAGCAAGGUGUACGAUGCGUCCAAGGUCCGCGUGGCUGAUAUUGCUAGCGGUGUAGUCGGGCGGCCUGUCUACUUUUCCAUUGAUGCCAGCCAGGCAGGAGCUGGUAACCUUGAGAUCAUCGUAUCGGUGGGCGGACGUAACGUUCCCAACUAUGUGCAGUCUGAAGGAAACGCAAAGUUCAGGGUCAACUUCAAACCGAGCGAGCCUCUCACUCAUACGCUCAGCGUAAAAUUCAAUGGUGAACCCGUACCCGGGAGUCCGUUCUUUGUUAAAGUCAGCGAUAGCAGUCAGUCGAUGGUCAGCGGCCCUUCACUGAGAACGACUUCAAUUGGACGAUCAGCAAAGUUCUCCAUCGAUACGAAGGGCACGGAGAAUGCGGAAUGCAAAGUGGCUAUAACUGCCCCCUCAGGCAAAAAGGUGCCCGUCACGCUGAAAAAGUCGUCCGCCACUACAUUUGAAGCUGAGUUCCAGCCCAUGGAAGUAGGCCCGAAUCAAGUGAAUGUGACACUGGAUGGAAACCCGCUGGCAGGAAGCCCGUUCACAUGUAAUGUUUAUGAUGUCAGCAAGGUUAGGGUCACGGGCCUUAACCCUGGAUUCAUAAACAAGCCCGUCACAUUUCAAGUUGAUGCAUUGCAAGCUGGAAACGGGACCUUGGAGCUCGUCGUACGAACGCGAAAAUCGUCUGUGUGCGCCGACUUUGCAAUGAAGAGUCACGGCAUAUACGAAGUGACAUUCGUACCCACUGAGAAAACACCGCACUAUGUGAACAUAACCUUCAACGAGGAAGACAUCCCAGGAAAUCCGUUCAAAAUCGACAUCCGAGACAGCCCUGCAGUUGUGGAAGCCCGUAGCGCUUCGAAAACCAGCGCUUCGCCGAUCGUUGCUCGUGGAGAUGGACUCAAGCAGGGUCUUGUUGGAUCUACGAACGCAUUUGAGAUUGAUAGCAAUGGUGCAAGCGGAGACAUCGAUAUAAAGGUUACUGGACCUACAGAGACACAAGUCCGCACCAACGUGAUAAAGUUGGACGACACAACGUAUCGAGCAGAGUACCACACUAGGGACGUCGGGCUGUACAGAGUGGAGGUGCUUCAUAAUGGUAACCCGGUUACUGGUAAACCAUUCGUUGUAGAAGUGUGCGACCCCAGUCGCGUUAAGGUCAUGGACAUUGAAGACGGCAUCGUGAACCGCACUCAGACUUUCAGGGUGGACACAACAAGGGCAGGUCGUGGGAACCUAAACGUGGUCAUCACAGCUGGAGGUCGCGAGGUUCGGAACAGCAUCAGAGAAUCAGGUCCUGGAAUGUACAAGGUUUCUUACAUGCCCAAGUCUGACCUGCCUCACAAAAUUGACGUGUAUUACAAUGGGCAUCAAGCACCAGGCUGUCCACAAAUCGUGGAAGUGCGGGACCCAAGUCAUGCCAUUAUAGCACACGGACCCGGUCUCAAGACUGCACAGCUGUCCAAGACAUCGUCGUUCAUUAUUGAGACUGGCGGUUACGGGGACGCUAAGGAUUUUGACAUUUUGGUUACAGCUCCAAAUGGAUCUCCACUGCCUGUGAAAUGCUUUCAACAAAAGGAUGGCAGCUUACUUGCAGAAUGGACAGCAUGCGUUGCAGGAAGCCACAAAGUGGAAGUGUUGUACGAAGGGAAACCGAUCGCGGGUUCGCCAUUCAUGUGCCAAGUCUUUGACGCCAACCGAGUCGUGUUGCAGAAGGUCCGGACCACCACAUUUUCUGUGAACGAGAAGAUCUCUUUCGCCCUAAAUCGGAGAGAUGCGGGCUACUCGGAACUGGACGUUACGGUAACGAGUCCCUUGGGGCGCAACCUGCCUAUUGAAGUCAAAGGUACCCCGGAUGGGGACGGAGAACUCAUCGAAUUCACUCCAACUGUGCCUGGAAAGUACCGCAUUGCCAUUACUUACGGUGGCAUUGAAGUUCCAGGAAGCCCGAUAACAUUCAUUGCUCAAGAUGGUGGGACCCCAAAAGUAACUGGCAAUGGACUGUCAGUGGCUCAAAAAGACAUCAUGGCAUCCUUCAAGAUUGAUGCGCACGGUCUCUGGGGAAGACCGGAUGUUCGGAUUGACGGUCCCGAUUCUGAACCUGAGAUGACCAUUGAGGAAGAAGAGGAAGGGGUCUAUAUUGUUUCUUACUUGCCUCUGGAGAGUGGCGUCUUUGACAUCCACAUCAACUGGAACGGCAAAGACAUUCCAGGCAGCCCAUUCCACCCAAAGGUUGUUGACCCCCAUAAAGUUCGUGCAAUCGGUGGCUGGGAGAGCUUGAUGGACGAGGAGGGCCGUAUCCCAUUGGUAGUUGGACACGAAAAGAAAAUAUCGAUGGACGUCACUGAUGCAGGACCAGGCAAAUUGAAAGUAGAGGUCCGCGGUCCCAGCGAAACGAUAGAAGGGACGCUUGAGCAGGCCAGCAGUCAUCGCCAUAAACUGACUUUCACUCCAAGAGAAGAAGGUGACUACCUCAUCUACGUGUACUACAAUGACUUCCCGCACCCGAAUUCGCCGUUCGCGGCCCACGCUGAACCUCUGGUACCGGUUCCGGAUCAUACUCGUGUCGUCCUUCGUGGUCAUGGACUCACCGGAGCUAAAGUGGGGACGGAAGCUGAAUUCGUGAUCGAUGGAUCAGAUGCUGGACCUGGCUCUCCCGAAGUAAGCCUCAAUGGAGUAAAAGCUGACAUUCCGGUGCAACUAGUCCCAAUAGGAAACAACACCUACAAAGUGACCUAUACCCCGGCCGUACCAGGUGCUUACCUCCUGAAUGUGAUGUGGUCGGAGCGUCAGGUCAAAGGCUGUCCACUGAAGGUCACCGUCGCCGCUACUUGUGAUGCAUCUAAAGUGCAGUGCUCUGGUGACGGUCUUCGUGGUGGCACUGUGGGGAAAGAAAUUAAGGCAUUCAUCGACACCCGGAAAGCUGGACCAGGAGAGUUGACAGCGCACUGCAUGGGCCCACACAAGAUGGCACACUGUGAAUUGUACGACCACCGAGAUGGAACCUUCACCUUGUACUUAAAGCCACAAGAAGGAGGCCGCCACUUACUGACUGUCAAGUAUGGCGGCGACCACAUACAAGGGAGCCCAUUUACGAUACGAAUUGCGGGUGCACCAGAUGCGUCCAAAGUUCGCGUCUAUGGCCCAGGAAUUGAACCGGGUGUGCUGGCUGUGUACCAGAGCCGGUUCAUUUGUGACACUAGAGGCGCUGGAGCAGGUCAGCUGACUGUUCGCAUACGCGGGCCAAAAGGUGCAUUCAGGGUGGAAAUGCAACGCGAGAGCCAGAAGGACCGCACUAUCCUCUGCAAGUACGACCCCACCGAACCGGGCGACUAUCGCAUCGAAGUCAAGUGGUCGGGAGAACACGUACCAGGAUCGCCUUUCAUGGUGAUGAUCUUCGACACCCAAGAAGAACUGACACGUUUUGCUCAGGGGCAGUUCGCCACAAACCAACCGGCGGCGGCAGCUGCGACUCCGUCGGACUACUUUGGUGACGCCUACAGCACUGCUAUGGGGCAGAUGUCUUGGAGAGGCUCAACGCAUGAGCUCUGAAAACGUCGUACGCAGUACAUCGCCGAGGUGAUGACCGGAAUGAAUGUACCCGUGCUGAGGUGCAACAACACAGUGACCUCAACGUCACCCAUUGUAAAAUGAUUUGUGGGAGUUAUUAUGCAAUGUGCAAAGCAGAACUGGGUUUUCACGUCCAAAACUUUAUGAACGUACCUUUCCUGCAAGCUCGUUCAGUUAGUAUGCUAACGGUCAUGUCUGGAAGCAAGCAUAGUUACUUUUCAUCGAGCAUAAGGUAACAUGGAUAAACCAUACAGGUAUUUGAGGUCUCUUCAUUUCACCCAACAGUAUGGUUAAGAAUUAUUGUGAAGUCCUGUCCCUUUAGCUAGCAUUUCCGGAGGGGACCCAUCAGUGUCAAUAAUGAGUAAAUUGAUGAUUAGUUCUCUGCUGUUGCGGUUGCGCUUCUCUGUGAGCGUGAGAACAAUAAAAUAUAACACUUUAGCUGGUCUAAUACAGUUUAAUAUGCAAUUUUCGUAACUGACCGAUCAUAAGUUACUCACCACAGUAUUUUAAGUCAGCCAUGCCGACUGAUGUUCUCAGUAGUAUAAAGCGGUGUCGAAAUAGCGCAAGCAAUCUCUGCAUCAAGAAUGUUAUGUUUGAAAACAAAUAUCUGUUCUGAUGUUGGAGGUUGCGUUCAUACUGGCUAUGCAACUGUGCCUUGUGCUCCUAUUGGGCAAAAUCAGACUGCUAGAUGCAGUGCUUACCAAAUGUUUGCAUGUAUAUUUUGAAUACAACCAAUAUAAAAUAUUGUAUGGGAUAAGAAUAAUUAGAUAUAACAACGAUAAAAUGUGCCUUUGGCAGCGCUGUGAGGUUAGGACCGAGCAGUGGUGUGACACGGUGAAUAUCUUCCCAAGAAGGGUUACGACAGUCUUUGUACUUGAAUGUGCCACCAUUUUAUACAAUUGUACCUUGCUACUUUUUUAGUUUGUCUUAUAACUGUUGAAAGCUCUUGUGCAUUAAGUUUCUAACACUAAUGUGCCUGUGGAAAAAGUGGCAGGCUUUGUUCGAGUCUAACUCCUAUUUUCACCCCUCUCGUCUUCCUAUUUGUGUAGCUGCCUUCAUAAUGAAAUCUAUAUUUUGUAUAAAUAUGUAACAUUUAUUUCAGUAUUUGAAAGUCAGUGCGCCCAACGUCCAUUCCGUCCGCAUGUGUUGUCAUGAUUUUUCAUGGACAGCUUUAUGUUCUCAGAUACGGACACUAAAGCUUUACAAGAAACUGUUCCCUGAAAAGCAGCUCACAUUUAAAGAGAGAGAUAUUUUUCUGUACAUGUACAUAUAUUUUGACUGAAGAUACUUACAACCUAUGACUACAUUCUGGUGUACAUAGCGUUUUCAUAUACACAUAAAUGAACUUUGUGUAUGUCAAGAUUGCAUGAGAAGCUUAUAGUGAACAGAAUCUCAGAUAGAAAAGACACACUGUCGUAGUGCUCGAAGGGUACUUGUUUUGUGAUUUUUUUUUACCAGAAUUCUUCCUGAGCUUACAAGAAGUGCACAUUAUGUUUUGAUACAAACAGAAGAUCUUUUUAUUGAACUGUCCAUCGUCGAGUUCUGCACAGCGGUGUAAAAAUUAAAAAUGGAAACUGUGCUUGUGCAUGGUGUGUCUUACACGUUCAUAUAGUUAUCUUACAUAAAGGAGUUCCCCCUGUGCAGUGGCAAUUUAACAAAUUGCAAGGUAACACAAAAUGGGUGGGAUGCUGCUCUUCGAUUAAAAACGACCUGUGUAUCUUAUGAUACCGACACCAACGACGAUGGCAUUUCUUGUGGUACUGUAUGCCCAUCAACAUAAUAAAACUGAAUACCUCUGUA